GUGCGGAGGUGUCUGCUUGCGCGUGUAUGUUUGACUGGUUCAGCUACUUCUCCUGAUAGACGGGCGAUGACGUUAUGCCAAGGAGCGCGUGAAAGUCGUGAGAAAAGUGCGCCUCUUCCACGGGAACGGAGCCCGGCGCCAGCCACGAACGGAGGUGCCCGAGCAUGCGUGCAGAUCCUAUGAAGAUCUGUGUUACGAGCAAGUCUUGCCGUCAAGGUUCGAUUUAGAGCAUCAAAGGCACGCGAUGAACCGAUAGAGAGAACUUUCGCUCAGCGUUGCUCUCAACGGGACGGGCGACAUAGAAGUCAAGCGCGCGAUCGCCCGCGAAAGACAUGCAUGAGUAUUUUCGCGUGAGAGUCGCGCUUCGGAGUUCCCAACUUUCCGCUGAUGAUUUCAAAGGAUCGUCAGUAACGACGAUCUGCCGGACACUCGAUCUGUAUUAUCCAUUGGCGAUCCUUGCGUUCAGGAACUGGGAGACCUCACGAGCCCAAGACAGACGGGGUCGGUGGGCGCAGAGCAAGCAUGUCAUCAAUGUGGCUCCACCUGUGCCCAUAUUAGAACGGGCACUCGAAGAGUGGGUCCCUCCAAGACUAUCGCACCAGUCCGAAGCUGUCGUCCAGAGGCAGAGCGGUCGGAGAAGACGAUUGGGACCUGUCCGGCGCGACGACGAGCGCAGUGUCUGCCAAGCUCGGACCUCAGCCCGUGGAGCAAGUACGGACCGCCAAGCCAAGGCCAAGGCUCAGCAAGGCCGCUUACCUUAUCUUCGGACUCCGCGCGAAGGAAAGGCUCUGCAGAAAAAGCGAAAGAGGCCGUGUCUAUCGAGAGCACCACCGUCGACAUCAUCCUGCAGCCGUACUGUGUAGCCCGACCGAUCUGCAAGGAUGCUACGACACUAUGCGUCUUUCCAGGACAGCGAUGGGUCUGAUGUCUGUGCAAGGCCAGCUCAGAGUUUGCCUCCCACGUUCGAUCGACGAGCGUCACUGCCGGGCUCCUUUGGCUGUGA